AGCUGCUUUAGUUAUCGCAGUCAUACUUUUUUCGGUGUGCACACACUUUUUCGCCAGUCGACCAACAAAUUCCGCUUUUGCAGUUUACAUAAAACAUCCAAAAAAUUAACAAAUAUGUUGGGCCGCAGCAGUGUCAUUGCACGUAACUUUUCCCAGUCGAUGGUCCGCUACAGCGGCCACGGUGGCGUUCCCGGCGAGAAUCUGCCCUUUAGCCUUGCUAACAAAUAUAGGAUCACUGCUGUAUUCACCAUCGCCUGUGUCCUGGGCUUUGGCUCCCCCUUCCUGAUCGUCCGCCACCAGCUGCUGAAGAAGUAAGCGGCCCCGCAGCCCCGACGGGAGUAGCAACAACAACAACAACUCCACACAAAAUGUAAGAUUUCGUUGUUUGUUGUAGCAGCCAUCAUGUCGUGUAUUGUGUUAUAGCUAAACAUUAAGUCAAAAGUUUAAAUGUAAUAAAGUUACUCAGAAGCUAAAGACCGAAAA